AUGGCGGAGGAGUUGAAGGAUGCGGGGUUCUGGCUCCCGUCGGGGUUUCUGGCCGACGAUUUUCAGAGGGAGGAAGGGGGCGGCGGUGGCGGCGCAGAUCCCUGCUUCCCCUCGGAGCUGUCCUCGGAGUGGGGGUGGGGGUACGGCUCCGACCUGAGCUCGCCAGUCGGGUCUGUCGCAACGGCGGAGAGCAGCGACGAGGAGGACUCCCUUGCAGUGCUCUCGCGGGAGCUGUCUCGCGACUUGCUGCUCCAGGACAAGGCGAGGACUCCUCCCCUCCCCGCAGGGAAAUCGAGCAAGGUAAUCUUUCGGCUUUGUUCCCUUCUCCGGUCGAUUUCCGAUGGGAGCUCACGGGGACGAUAGGGAUCUUCGCUGUUGCAGGAAACUUCUGUGGCGAUGUGUUUGUCACCGCAGUCAACCCUGUGCGAGGUGUGGAGCUGCAACUCCUCCAACGGAGAGACCUCCAAGGGGCCCUCCCUCGUGUCCUCUCCUCUUUCCUCUUCCCUGGAGCGGCGGCACAGGGAGGAGGAGAGCCCCUGGGAUCUGCUCUCCGCUGCGGCCGGGGAGGUCGUCCGGAUGGGCCAUGGCGGCGCCGACGGGGACGAGAAGUGGGCGUACGGCGGCCGUGGAGUCCUUGGCGCGCCGGCGAAGAAACCCUCCCCCUCCCCCUCCUCUCCGGCCAAGGCCAGCUCCAGGAGCUAUUACGUGAACCCAUCUUUGACUCCGCCGCCCCAUUAUAACCUGGUCGGUAAGGUGGGACUCAUUCCUCCUCUUGAUUUGCAGGAGGUUUCUUUGUUUCUUUGGCAAACUCUGUCGGCUGCUGAUCUUCCGGCUGUUCACGUCGUCUGAUCUCCCUUGUUUCUCCUCUUCUUUCGUCCUACAGUUCCAGCCCCUGAAGCAGAAACACCAGACGACGACGGCGACGAAGACGAAGAUGAGGAUGCAAGAGAGCCACCGGUCAAAUGGCGACGGCAGCGGGGGAACGGCCGCCGGCCGACCAGGGCCGCAGUGGAGUGCCUCCGGGAUGAGGGCCGUGUUUCUCAGUCCCCGCUCGGGGAGGGAUUCCUCCGGUACCGGCGUGUUCCUGCCGAGGAUGGAGGGCAACGCUGCCGAGCUACGGAAGAAGCCAGGUAUGGGGUUUUCUCCUUCUGUCCCAUCACAUCCACGCCCUUCCUUCUGCUCUGCUUUGCUCUGCUUUGCUCUACUCUGCUCUGCUCUGCUCUGCUUUCUGGGGUGGGUUUUCGAUCCCUCCUGAUAGCUACCGGCUUUUCCCUCCUGCCUGGACAAGUCGGAUCCAUCCCCCCUCAACCCACGACGGCGUCUCUUCUUGUCUGUUUCUGCAUCUCUUUCUCUCUCUCUCCGCCUUUCUCUGUAUGUAUGUUCUUCCUCCUGAUCAUUCUGGGGGGCGCCUGGUAAUUACGUCUUCUUCCUCUCCUUAUUCUUCUGAUUCGUCCCCAUCUCGUGUUCCCAGCCUGCUCGACCGUCCUGCUCCCGGCGAGGGUUGUCCGCGCCUUGAACCUCGAUCUGAACGAGAUCGCGGCCAAGUCCCGCCUUCCCAGCAUCUACGUGAUCGGCCGCGGUGAGUCCCCAUCCCUUCACCACCACCACCGCCGCCGCCGCCGUUUCUUCUUUCCACCAUUCACGAAGACGAUCGAUCUUACUCUCUUCUGGUGGGUUCGUUGGUUGCAGACGCCGCCACCAAGGUAACCGGGGAGAAGGCGGCGGCGGGGAUGAAGCAGAAGCAAGCCCCCCUCCGCCGCCCCCGGGCGCUGCCUGCUAACAGCGACCCCCACGGCGAUGUGGCCCUGCCGUCGGAGUGGACCUAUUAG